UCGGAGGAACUUCACUAGGCCCCAGCGGUAACAACCCCCCCGGCAGUUUCAGCGGCCUCCUCCUCCUGGGCGGCACCGGGCGCCAGGCUCCCGGCGUCAUGCAGGCCAACGGGAACCAGGCCGGCGGAGGCGAGGUCCCCUCAGUCGGGGCCCAAAACGGAGAUGUGACGGGCCGGGAUUCGAGCCAAGCCGAGGCCGCCGACGAGCCGACUUCCCACGGUACCGGCGGAUUCACUUUCUCCCCGUCUGCCCAGGCCCCGGCCGCUCAUUCCAACGGACUGCCCUCGUCGUCUGCUGCUCCUACAAUCUCUCUGGCUCCUGGGCCUGGGGGCAUUAAUCCGGAGCAGAGCUCGCUCAAGAAGAAAAAACGCCUGUCCCAGAGCGACGAGGAUGUCAUCCGCCUGAUCGGACAGCACCUGCACGGCCUGGGCCUGAACCAAACAGUCGACCUUCUGAUGCAGGAAUCGGGCUGUCGCUUGGAACAUCCUUCUGCAACUAAAUUCCGCAAUCAUGUAAUGGAGGGACAAUGGGAAAAGGCUGAAAAUGAUCUUAAUGAAUUGAAGUCUUUGGUGCAUUCGCCUCAUGUGAUUGUGAAGAUGAAGUUCUUGCUUCUGCAGCAGAAGUACUUGGAGUAUCUGGAAGAUGGCAAAGUUCUGGAAGCUCUUCAGGUCCUGCGCUGUGAACUGACUCCUCUGAAAUACAACACCGAGCGUAUCCACAUCUUGAGUGGGUAUCUCAUGUGCAGUCAUACAGAUGACCUGAGAGCAAAGGCAGAGUGGGAAGGAAAAGGGAAUGCUUCACGAUCAAAAUUACUUGACAAACUUCAGAUGUACCUGCCCCCGUCAGUGAUGCUACCUCCACGACGCUUACAGACUUUAUUGCGCCAAGCAGUGGAACUGCAAAGGGAUCGGUGCCUGUAUCACAAUACUAAACUAGAUGGCAACCUGGACUCGAUGUCUCUACUUAUAGACCAUGUUUGCAGUAGGAAACAGUUUCCUUGCUAUACACAGCAGAUUCUCACAGAACAUUGCAAUGAGGUCUGGUUCUGCAAGUUCGCUAACGAUGGCACUAAAUUAGCAACAGGAUCCAAGGACACCACGGUUAUUAUUUGGCAGGUUGAUUUAGAUACUCACCAACUUAGGUUGCUUAAAACGUUAGAAGGUCAUGCUUAUGGAGUAUCAUACUUAGCUUGGAGUCCAGAUGAUACUUACCUUCUAGCCUGUGGCCCUGAUGACUGCUCUGAAUUAUGGCUUUGGAAUGUACAGACAGGAGAGCUAAGAACCAAGAUGAGUCAGUCUCAUGAGGACAGUCUGACAAGUGUGGCUUGGAACCCAGAUGGGAAGCGCUUUGUGACGGGUGGACAGCGUGGGCAAUUUUAUCAGUGUGAUUUGGAAGGAAAUUUGCUGGAUUCGUGGGAAGGCGUGAGAGUGCAGUGCCUUUGGUGUCUAAAUGAUGGGAAAACAGUCCUUGCCUCGGACACGCAUCAGCGGAUAAGAGGGUACAACUUCGAGGACCUGACUGAUAGGAAUAUAGUGCAAGAGGAUCAUCCUAUAAUGUCUUUCACAGUUUCGAAGAAUGGAAGGUUAGCCUUGUUAAAUGUCGCCACUCAGACCUCUCCGCUAUAUCUGCCUGCAAGCACAUUGAUCUCUGUGGGAUACCUGAAGAAGCAGACAACUAUUUGGAAUUGAAUUUUUAACAAGACUCAUAUGUUUCCCUCUGCAUGGUGAAAGUGUAACUGAAGACAGUAGAAGAUGGAGAGAGAGGGCAGGAGAAGUCGAUUCACUCCAGAGUGAGUAGAAAGUCUACACAAAACAACCAGAAACUGAUGUAAGCUUGUACUGCUUUUGACACAGUGGUGUUGGUGACUUAGGGUCCUGAUCCAACUCCCUUUAAUUAUCUUUUUUUAUUAAUUACACCCAGUAUGGUGGAAUAACGAUAUAGAUUUCACCAGCACUCUAAACUUUGGCAAAUGAAAGAACCUCACUGUCUAAAAUUGAAGCACUCUGAUUUUUGAGUAGCGUAAUUUUUGAUGGACUUUGCCUUGCUGAAAGUAGACUUUACUUGGUUGUUUUAGACCCAUUUUGAAGUUGAAAUUGCAGAAAUGGGACUGCAGGAUAUGGAAGGGGGGAAACCCAUUGCUGGUAAUUUUAAGGCAAAAUGGAGCUUUACGACCCCGGAUAGUGACUCUGAGUCUCUGCCUCUUUGACGCUACACUUUGUUCUCAAUGUUUAUACCACCAAAUGAAGAGGAUUGGAACAAUGAUGAAUCUACUUGCUUGGACUGACAAACCAGAUCCCCUCAAAUCAGUGCUGACUGACUUCAUACACCUUAAAUAGAUCUCAAUCUUUGCCAGUCAUCUGUGUCACGUUGACUUCUUAUUUCAGGCAUGAGAAGCUGCCUCCAUUUGGUGAAAUAAAAGUUCAUAUGGCUGUUUUCUUUGGAAUUCAGAAACUCCCAUGUUUCUUAAAUAGUGACAAUAUGAUGGAUGUCUUCAUAAGCUGCGUGGAGUGAGGGUCAUGUUGCAACAAUCUGAUUACUCCAUCUCUUUAAAUCUUCCUAACCUGCGAGUAUUGCAGGUGAAUUGAUUACUGCACUUCUAAGAACAGUGUAAAGAAAAGAAAUGCUUGGCUGUGGUGUCCACUUGUAUACAAGAGCACGAUCAAUAAGCAGCAAUAAUUAAAAGGAUGGAGAAGAGAGAGUCUCUGACUUAUUUAGCAUUUCAACCUCCCAAACGAUGCAUAUCUCCAAGACUGAAAAACAAUGCAUUUGAGUGAAACUAAAGUGUACAAUUGAAGAUGAUGUGCAAUCUCUGUAUAACCAGCUACAUCUUACAGCUGAAUGGACAUUGUUUUCAACAAACUGAGCUUUCUACAGAUGUUUGACUUUUGACUACUUUGGAGUAACAGUUCAGGGAAUGGCUGAAUUGUUGGUUUCCCAGUUUUAGGACUGAAACCAGGCUACUUGCAAUGAGUUGUUUUAAUAACCUAUUGAAUUGUUUUUCAGUACUACUUUGAUUACAUUUUAGAAAGUCAAGUUUUCCAUGUAAAAUAAUACAAGGUCCAAAAUCAAAUUGAUUUUGCACUUAAAUUUCACAAAUCUACCAAAUGUUAGAAGUACACCAUUUAGUCUCUCAAGACUGUUCCUCCAGUGAUAAGAUUGUGGCUGAUCUGUUUGCAUUGAAUUGCAUAUUUCCACUUUCCCUUGAUUCCCCCACUUAUCAAGAAUCCACCACCUCCGUCUUAAAAUUAUUCAAGGGCUCUGCCUCCUCCACUUUAUGACCGGGUAUUCCAAAUUUAGCCACAAUAGGUUUACUACCUUCAUCUAAGUCAUUGCUGUUAAUUGUCAGAAAAGAAGUUGGAAUCCAGCACAGACCCCUGUGGGAUUUCACUCAUCACGUUCUACCAAUUGAACGAAACUCAUUUGUGUCUGCUUUGUUUGGUUAGCCAACCAAUCUUUCAUCUGUGCUAAUAUAUUGCUCCUACACCAUGCGUUCUAAUGCCUUUGAUGUGGUAGCCGACAUUCCUACUAAUUUUCUUCUGCAUGAACCACCAAAGCCUGUGCACAGCAGUGACAUCUGGAACUGAAAGUCAAUGCUGCGACCUGUAUAGGUAUGCCAGUUGCUGUGUGCAGAAUGUCAGGGAGUGUUGGUGUUCUUUAUCAAAUGCUCUCUGCUCCAAUUUAUUCACAGCACGUGUUACUACUUCAACAAAAUUUCAAUAAAUUAAUUAAAUAUUAUUUCUCUUGAACAUGCUGACAAUCCUGAUUACCUGGGUUUUUUUGAUGUGCACAGUUGUAAUCUCUCCCCUGAUUGAUUCCAACACCUUCCCCACAUCAAGUGUCAAACUAAAUGUAUCAUUUCCUGUUUUCUGUCUGCCUUCUGCCCUCCCAUGAAUAGAAGGAUUAUGUUUGCCUGCUUCCCAGACAAAUUGAAUCUUUCUUGUAUCUAAGGAAUUUUGGAAAAUUAAUGUUACAUUUUGUAAAAUGAACAAAAAUUAAAUUAAAAUAAUGCACCAUUAGCAGCAACCUUUAAAACCUUUGGGGAAGUCUAUCUUGACUGACAGGCUUGUCAGCCUAUAGCUUCAUCAGGUUUCUUAGUACCAUUUCCCUCCUGCUUGUAACUUUGAUAAGCUCCUCUCUCCCUUCCACCUCUUGACUUACAGCAAUUUCUGGAAUGUUUUUUGUAUUUUCACUCAUUUAGAGGGCACUCACUUUAGUAACAUUUUUCCUUUUUAAAUAUAUGUAGAAACUCAUGCUGUCUGUUUUUACAGUCUUUGCUUCCUCUCCUAUUUUAAUUUCUUCUUCCUGAUUAACAUCAUGGCAAUCUCUACUGUUCCUUAUAUUGUAACUAGUCAUCUGACCUGCCACUCCUCUUUACACAAUAGUAUACUAUUUCCUUAAGUUUGACGUUUUCCCUAACUACCUUAAUGGAGAUAGUGGGUCAUAUCUUUAGAAUUUCUCUUUACAGUAAUCUAAGUAUUCUGAAAUAUUCCAAUAAAUAGUUGCGACUGUCUCUUUAUUGAUCCAUCUCAUAGUCUAGGGCUUUAGUUUACAUGGAAAUUAUGUAAAGUUAAAUAAUCAACUGUAUUGCAACCCAGGUAAAUGUUCACAUGGUCUUUAACUGCAAGAACACAGUGUUCGUAACCAAGAAAAAAUUUGUAUGAGGAUUCCUAAUUUACAAGUGCUUGUACUUGUGAAUGUAGUCCCAAUCAGGGGUGUGUUUUUAAAAAUCAGACAUAUGAAUGUUACCUGUACUUACGAAUGACUAUUUGAUAUUGUCCUGCAAUAUGCUGUGAUUUGCAUACAAUUGACUUGUGCCUUGAAGACGGAACCCAUUUGCAACCUGGGGAACUGCCUUUACUUCUGGAAGCUAAUUGUUUCUGUCUGUAGAUGAUGCCUGACUUAGUAUUUUCAGUGUUUAUUGUUUUUCAGUUGUUUUGUUUUAACUUUAAUUUAAAGUAUUUAAUGUGAUGCAAUGCUAUUAUGAUCUAGUGGCUGGAUUGUGGAGCUUUAUGACAAAUUCAUAUUAACACAGCUGUUUCAACACUCGCUCGGUGCGAUGCACUUGAACUGAGCUGAGUUCUCGGAUUAGCUUUAUGCUGCAUUCAGUUGCUAUAUCUGUAAUGAAAGUACACCAUUUGACAAUGUUAACCUGGAAUCAUAGAAAAUUCCAGCAUUGAAUCAGGUUGAGUCUGACCUGUUAUGUCCUCUUUUGCCUCACUGCUAGGAGAAAGUGAGGUCUGCAGAUGCUGGAGAUCAAAGUUGAAACUUUAUUGCUGGA